CAACAGCGCGAACAAGAGAAGCGCAAGACAAGAACCAGCAGCAACACACACGCGGCGACCAAGACGAAAUGGGCCUGUGUGUGUCGUACGACGCGGCAGCCGACGGCCCGGCGACCGCGAGGGUGGUGCUCCCCAGCGGCGAGCUCAGGGAGUAUUCGCCGCCCGCAACUGCCGCGCUGGCGCUGGAGGAGGUGGGCCAGCAGGGGUGGUUCCUGUGCGACGCCGACAGGUUGGGGUUCGAGGGCUCCGUCGCGGCGGUGGCAGCCGGCGAGAUGCUCCAGCCGGGGCAGAUCUACUUCGUGCUCCCCGCAGAGAUGCUGCGACGCUACCUCACAGGCGAAGAGUUGGCCUCGCUCGCCGUCAAGGCCAGCGCCGCCCUCGUCAAGGCCGCCACCGCCUCGUCUGCCGGCGGCAGGCGCCGGCGGGGCUCGGUGAUGCCGCUCGUGUUCGCACCAUCCGAGGAGGACUACUCGGACAAAACCUUGGCGAAGUUUGCAGUGAAGCCGGCGGUGCCGCAGAAGCGGAGGGUGGCGUACCGAGGCGGGAGGUCGCCGCCGCGGUUCUCGCCCGACUUAACCGCCAUUUUGGAGAGCGAGUAGAGGUGCAGGGCACACGAGACUGACAGAAAAAAAAGGCGCAUUUUUGCACAUAGCCCUGCCUCGCCUAGCCGCGAGAGAUGCGUGGUUUCGGCCGCUGAUGUUAGAUCGGACGACGGAUAUAGACGCGGCAAAUGAUCUGUGGAUUAGUUUGUCAAGUUGGGUGGUAGAAGCAGUCGUGUUUCCUGUUUUGGGGGUUGCUAAUUUAGACGUCAGAGAAGCAGAUAUGUAAAUGUGAAUACUGUAUAAAUGUAUAAAUGA